AUGAGUAAAAAAGAUAGCAAGUACAAAAUGAGCCACACCUUUGAGAGCCGACAGUCGGAUGCCGCAAAGGUGCGUGAAAGGCAUCCGGAUCGUUUGCCCAUCAUAUGUGAAAAGGUGUAUAACUCCGAUAUUGGUGAGUUAGACAGGUGUAAAUUUCUCGUCCCAUCUGAUCUAACGGUCGGACAGUUUGUCAGCGUGCUACGCAAACGUGUGCAGCUGGAAGCCGAAUCUGCACUCUUCGUUUAUACCAAUGACACAGUACUCCCCUCCAGUGCGCAAAUGGCGGACAUUUACUCCAAAUAUAAGGAUGAAGACGGUUUCCUAUACAUGAAAUAUUCAGGUGAGGCGACAUUUGGAUGCUAA